AUGCAAUGGCGGUCGCUGGUGCUGGGCCUGCUGCUGCUGAGGCUGGGGCUCCACGGGCUGCUGUGGUUGGUGUCCGCGCUGGGGCCCGGCCUGGGCUUCCACCAGCGCUUCCCCUUCGCCCUCCCGCCGCGCGGGGCCCCCGACCCGCCCUGGCUGCGGGCCGCUGGCGGGGAGCCGCGGGCCGCCGGGCGCUGCGGGCGCGCCCACUGGGGCUGCCUGCUCCGGGGCGGCGGCUGCGGCCCGGCCGGGGGCGAUGAGUACGAGAAGCGCUACAGCGGCGCCUUCCCCCCGCAGCUGCGGGCCCAGCUCCGCGACGCGGCCCGCGGCAUGUUCGUCUUCGGCUACGACAACUACAUGCGGCACGCGUUCCCGCAGGACGAGCUGAACCCCGUGCACUGCCGCGGCCGGGGCCCCGACCGCGCCGACCCUUCAAAUCUGAAUAUCAAUGAUGUCUUGGGAAACUACUCUCUAACUCUGAUUGAUGCACUGGAUACCCUAGCGGUAAUGGGAAAUUCUUCAGAGUUCCAGAAAGCGGUGAAGUUAGUGAUUGACACAGUCUCAUUCGACAAAGAUUCUACAGUCCAAGUCUUUGAGGCAACAAUCAGGGUUUUGGGAAGUUUGCUUUCUGCCCACAUAAUAAUUACAGAUACCAAGCAACCCUUUGGUGAUAUGACCAUUACAGAUUAUGAUGAUGAACUCUUACAUAUGGCUCGUGAUCUGGCAGUGAGGCUGCUACCUGCCUUUGAGAACACCAAAACUGGAAUUCCCUAUCCUCGGGUGAAUCUAAAGACGGGAGUCCCUCCUGACAGCAAUAAUGAGACCUGUACUGCAGGCGCUGGCUCUUUGUUGGUGGAGUUUGGCAUUCUUAGCCGGCUGCUUGGAGAUUCCACGUUUGAAUGGGUGGCACGGCGAGCUGUUAAAGCACUGUGGAGUCUUAGGAGCAACGACACUGGACUAUUAGGAAAUGUCGUGAAUAUUCAAACUGGCCAUUGGGUUGGAAAGCAAAGUGGCUUAGGAGCGGGUUUGGAUUCAUUCUAUGAGUAUCUAUUGAAAUCUUACAUCCUUUUUGGAAAAAAGGAAGACCUAGAGAUGUUCAAUGAUGCAUAUCGAAGUAUUCAGAACUACUUAAGAAGAGGACGGGAAGCCUGUAAUGAAGGUGAAGGAGACCCUCCUCUCUAUGUUAAUGUAAAUAUGUUCAGUGGGCAGCUGAUGAACACCUGGAUUGAUUCUCUGCAAGCCUUUUUUCCUGGACUACAGGUUUUAAUAGGAGAUGUGGAAGAUGCUAUUUGUCUCCAUGCCUUCUAUUAUGCCAUAUGGAAACGAUAUGGAGCUCUUCCAGAGAGGUACAACUGGCAGUUACAGGCACCAGAUGUCCUCUUCUAUCCACUGAGGCCAGAGUUGGUGGAAUCUACCUAUCUUCUUUACCAGGCCACAAAGAAUCCUUUUUACCUUCAUGUAGGCAUGGAUAUUCUUCAGAGUCUGGAAAAAUAUACAAAAGUCAAAUGUGGCUAUGCUACAUUGCAUCAUGUCAUAGAGAAGUCAAAAGAGGACCGGAUGGAGAGCUUCUUUCUCAGUGAAACAUGUAAAUAUUUGUAUCUGUUGUUUGAUGAAGAGAAUCCAGUGCACAAAUCUGGAAAUAAAUAUAUGUUUACUACUGAGGGGCACAUUGUGUCUGUGGAUAAACGUUUUCGUGACUCGCUAUGGCAAGAUACCUUCCCUGAAGAAGAGGAAAGGAAUGCCGAAAAACUAAAGCCUAACGAAUUAAAAGCCAUGAACUCCAGUUCUAACUGCAAUAGGGUUCCUGAUGAGAGAAGAUACUUGUUGCCGCUGAAGAGUAUUUACAUGAGACAGAUUGAUCAGAUGGUGGGUUUGAUCUGAAUUUGUUCUUCAGAGUAAUGCUUCAUAAUAUGCAAGGAGGAAAGUGGACUCUGAUUCUGAUACAAAUAUCUACAACUGUACACCUGCGAUGCGUCCCUACAUAUACUGAGUCACUUAAAUAGCCACUAUGUUUCUUAAGGAUUUAACUAUAAACUGAGAGGGAGAUCUUGAUAGAGUUUAAUCGUCUUCAAAGUGAAAUGUAGUAAAGCAAUGGGAACUCUAAAUACAAUUUGAACAGAGUUCUGUCCUGAUAAAAGUUCACACAGCAAAC